AUGGAUGUGCCAUCGAUGUGGAGGGUUCAAAUAGACAAGCCCGAAAUAGAAAAGAUGGAUGCCGAGUAUAAAGAAAUAAUCAGCAAGGCUAAUAAUAGCAAUCAAUUAAUGCUGCAAGAACUCAUACCGAUCGAUGACGAUCAACUUGAAGAGACUAAGCAUCGUGGUCAGGUCAUUUACUGGAGUGCUAAUCAAGAAAAUAAAAGGGUCAUUAAUGUUGGGGGUCCAGAUUUAAUUAUGCGCCUUACGGUAGAAAAUAAAAAUAAGUAUGCAGUGUAUUUGGUCAAAGGGAUCGAUCUGGAUCUCUAG